GAUUACGUCUUUGACUGACAACUGUCACAUCUUGACACCGAACCAACAACCAAUCCUCGUACAAAAUCCAACGGCAUAACCUGCCACCUCACUACACAACCAUGCACCCUUACCUCACACUAUAACUACACCCUCCCCUGUAUCCCCCUCUAAAACCCUCCUCCUCCUUGCUCCUCUCUUAUUAUUAUUUUCUCAAAAAAUUCUCUCUAGAAAUGAGAAAAUGGCUGCCAGAGCAAUUUUCAGAAGGAAUAAAUUGGCUUCUUACUACUUCAAUCCUUCGUCAACUCGUUCUCUUCAGAGUUUCCAGUCCAUCGCCGAUGCACUCCACUCUUCCGAUUCCCGAUGUUUUAGCUGUCCGGCGAGUUACCAUUUUAAUUCCGACGAUCGGUUGAGAGAAACAGUGAAAAAAGCCGAAUAUUUUGGAUAUUCUGGUGUAAGAAAUGUUGGGUAUUGCUUUAAUGGGAGUUUGGUCGGUCCGCGUUUUGUGGAUGGGAGGUUUAGGUUGGGAGAUGGAAUUUUAGUUCGGUAUGCGUCGACGGUGGCGGUCAAGAGGUUGCCGCCGGAGUAUGACAGUGAUGACGAGGAGGGUAAGGAAAUGGUUGGUAAGAAGAGGAAAGAGGCGUCAGCGGAUGAGUGUGAUCAAGCGGUGGAGGGAUUGAGUUCGGCGAAGGCGAAGGCGAAGGCGAAGAGGUUGAAUGAAUCUAUGAAAGCUGAGAAGUCGGUUUUGCAGAGAACUUGGGCUGCUCUUCUUGGUCUUGGCCCGGCUUUACGAGCUGUAGCGUCGAUGAGCAGGGAGGAUUGGGCGAAGAAACUUGUGCACUGGAAGCAUGAAAUUGUGUCGACAUUGCAGCAUUAUUGGUUAGGGUUUAAGCUAUUGUGGGCUGAUGUGAGGAUUAGUUCGAGAUUGUUGUUAAAACUUGCGGGUGGGAAGAGUUUGUCGAGGAGGGAGAGGCAACAGUUGACGAGAACUACUGCAGAUAUUUUCAGAUUAGUUCCAUUUGCUGUUUUUAUCAUUGUUCCGUUCAUGGAGUUUCUGUUACCGGUGUUUUUGAAGUUGUUCCCUAACAUGUUGCCAUCUACAUUUCAAGACAAGAUGAAAGAGCAGGAAGCAUUGAAAAGGAGGCUAAAUGCAAGAAUAGAAUAUGCCAAGUUUCUUCAGGAUACAGUGAAAGAAAUGGCUAAGGAAGUUCAGAACUCACGAAGUGGAGAAAUUAAGAAAACUGCUGAAGAUCUUGAUGAUUUUUUGAACAACGUUAGGAGAGGCUCCAUUGUUUCUAAUGAUGAAAUUUUGGGCUUUGCUAAGCUUUUCAAUGAUGAAUUAACUUUGGACAAUAUCAGCAGGCCUCGAUUGGUCAAUAUGUGCAAAUACAUGGGAAUCAGUCCUUUUGGAACAGAUGCGUAUUUGCGUUACAUGCUCCGCAAAAGACUCCAGAGGAUUAAGAAUGAUGACAGGUUAAUUCAAGCAGAGGGUGUGGAGUCUCUUUCGGAGGCUGAACUCCGUGAAGAUUGUAGGGAGCGAGGCAUGCUUGGAUUGCUCUCAGUUGAAGAAAUGCGGCAACAGCUUCAUGAUUGGUUGGAUCUGUCUCUCAAUCACUCUGUGCCAUCUUCCCUUUUGAUCCUUUCAAGGGCCUUCACUGUAUCUGGAAAAUUGAAACCUGAGGAAGCUGUUCGGGCAACACUAUCUUCCUUACCUGAUGAGGUUGUGGAUACUGUUGGUGUUACUGCUUUACCAUCUGAAGAUUCUGUUUCAGAAAGAAGAAGGAAACUGGAAUACCUUGAGAUGCAGGAAGAAAUGAUCAAGGAGGAAGAAGAGGACGAGGAAGAAGAGCGUGCCAGAAUGAAAGAGUCUAAAGUUAGUGAAGAGGAUGUAGCUUUGAAAGAGAUGACCCUGUCAACAGCAAGAGAAGCGCAAGAACUGGCUAGAGCAAGUACAUUGGAGAAACAAGAGCAUCUCUGUGAACUUAGUCGUGCAUUGGCUGUUUUAGCUUCAGCAUCUUCAGUAAGCAGAGAGCGUGAGGAGUUCCUGGGCCUUGUCAACAAGGAGAUAGAACUUUAUAAUAGCAUGGUAAAAAAAGAGGGAAAUGAUGGUGAAAAGGAGGCUGUUAAGGCAUAUAGAGCUGCCCGAGAGGAAACUGAUCGAGCUUCUGAAGCGGAUGAACGAGAUGAGGUUUCUUCUGCACUAAUAGAAAGGGUUGAUGGCAUGCUCCAAAAUCUUGAGAAAGAAAUUGAUGAUGUGGAUGCCAAAAUUGGUGAUCGUUGGCGAAUACUCGACAGGGAUUAUGAUGGGAAAGUUACUCCUGAGGAGGUGGCAGCUGCUGCGAUGUACUUGAAGGAUACAUUAGGCAAGGAAGGCAUCCAAGAACUCAUCAGCAAUCUUUCCAAAGAUAGAGAUGGAAAGAUUCUUGUGGAAGACAUUGUCAAAUUAGGCAGUUGGACGGAAGAUGCCAAAGCAACUGAAGAGAGGGAGAUGUAAAAAAAUUUUCCUUCAAAUUCUUUCCUGCUGUUGUCUGGAUAGUACCCUACCUGACGAAUAGUUUAUUUAACGAUAAAAUGGCAUGCCAUCUAAUGUGAUUAGGACCCGUAGAAGAGUUUUUGAGCAAUUUUUUUGACGUGGGGCUAUAUACCUGACCCAUAUCUGUUAGGGUCAUAUAUAGAAGUAACCCUGGUUUUCCCAGCUCAUUGAUAAAGCUGGACAUGCUUGCUAGUGCUGUAAAAGUGAAUUCUGAUGAAUAUAUAAAUGAUAUAGGUACACAGUACAGAACAAGAAAUCGAUAUACUGGGUGUGACAGUAAUAUCUCGUGCCUUAGGAAAUAAAAUGCUCUGUGCACGUUUAUUCUUCA